AUGACUCGCGAGCAGAACGAGAUUCAGACACCACUCCAAGUGUUGAGUCGGAGCUUCAAUUUCACCAGCACCGAUGAGGCAAAAUGGUGGCAUAGCACAGCGCCAAUGUUUGCAACCUUGAUGGAAAAGUCCAGCUACGAUGUGCACGCCCAGUACCAAUUUCUGUGCCUGCACCGCGAGUUCGUUAUCCCAGCACUGGGUCCUUACCCCACCAAGGGGAGCCCUAUGCAUUGGAAAAGCACGCUGACUCGCUUUGGACUUCCCUUUGAGCUGAGCUACAACUACACAAAAUCGCUGGUCCGUUUUGCAUUUGAGCCACUGGGUCCGUUGACUGGCACUGAAGAGGACCCAUUCAAUACCCAACCCAUUGGUCAAUGUUUGAAGAGGUUCAAAACCGUCCUUCCCAAGCUUGACCUCGAAUGGUUUGAUCUCUUUAUUCGAGAGCUCGUUGUUUCAGAUGAGGACAUCAAGGUUAUUCGCGACAAAAACCUACCGGUUCCCAUCUUCAAAACCCAAAACAAACUUGCUGCUGAUCUGGCUCCCAAUGGUGAUAUGCUACUCAAAACAUACAUAUAUCCCAGGAUUAAGGCUAUGGCAAACGGUGUUCCCAAGGAACAUUUGAUGUUUAAUGCAAUCAGGAAAGCCGACACUUCUGGCAAGCUAGCUGCUCCAUUGUCGGUUCUGGAAGAAUUCAUGGGAUCGCGGGAAACUUUAAUUGCCCAUUUCCUUUCCUGCGAUCUUGUAAAGCCAUCUGAGUCGCGAAUCAAACUCUAUUGUUUCGAAACCCAGCUUGACUUCGAGACAAUUUCCGGAAUCUGGACUUUGGAUGGCCGCCGUACGGAUCCCGAGACACAGGCAGGUCUAGGCUGGCUGAAGGAUCUUUGGGAAUUGUUGCCUAUUGCCAAGGGACGCGCCACCCUCCCUAAUUGCUUCUACGAACUAGGCGAAUCGCCGGUGGAGCAACUUCCCUUCAUUAUCAAUUUCGCCCUUUACCCCAACAGAGCACUGCCCGAACCCCAAAUCUACUUCCCGGUAUUUGGUAACAAUGACAAAGCAACUGCUGAAGGGCUUUCGACCUUCUUCGAUCGUGUAGGCGUGUCCAGCUUGCCCAAGUUCUACGCCCCCGAUUUGGCUGCAUACUACCCAGACCAGGAUCUCGCACAGACAACUCAUCAUCAAGCGUGGGUUUCCUACGCCACCAAGGCAAACAAACCCUACAUGAGUGUUUAUAUGCACAGCUUUGAGGCUAUGGGUAAAGGCUUUGGGGCCUUCGGGAAAUCGGCCUCUUGA